AUGCACCUGGCCUCCCCCCCCUUGAGCCGCCAGCCAGGGGAGUGGUGGCCACAGCAGCCAGUGACAGCCAGUCCACAUGGCUGGGGACAGCGGGAUGGCCGGGAAGCCCAGACCCUCAGCCUCGCUGGUGCCCAGACCCUCCAGCUCCUCCUGGAGCCACCCUGGAGGCCGGCGGUGUUGUGGGACCUCGUGACACUGACCUGCCAGGGCUCAGGGACUGCCGGUGCCACCACCUGGUACAAGGAUGGGCGGCGCUGGGGGCAGAAUGGGUGUGACCACCUCAUGGUCACAGUGAGUGGCACCUAUGAGUGUGACAGACCUGGAACCGGGUGCAGCCCCCCCGUGAACAUCUCAGACAACUGGCUGGUGCUGCAGGCACCAGUGCGGGCGCUGCUGGAGGGGGACACAGUGACACUGCGCUUCCGGGUCUGGCAGGACAUGAUGGUCACCUGAGUGUCCUUCUACCAUGAGGGGAUGGAACUGGGGCAGCUCUGCAAUGGGACCAAGCUGUCGCUGUCCCCUCUGCAGCUGAACUACAGCAGCCGCUACCACUGCAAGGGCUGGGUGAAAUCAUUGGGGUGGAAGGAGUCAGCGCUGGUGACAGUGACAGUGAAGGAGCUCUUCCCGGUGCCUGUGCUGGAGGGUCCCCCUGAGCCCACCGAGGGGUCCCUUCUGACUCUUAGCUGCCUCAGCACCCCAAGCCCCUUGCGGUCCCAAGCCCCCCUCGUGCACGUGUUCUACCAGGACGGACAGGUGGUGGGGGGCCCGCAGGGGUCCCCACACCUGCUGGUGCCCGCCGUUGGGGUCUCCCACUCAGGGAAUUACAGCUGCGAGGUGCGCUCCGAGGGGGGGGCCAUGCGGAAGAGCAGCGCCCGGCUCCGCGUCACGGUGCGCAUGCCCGUGGCCAAUGCCACCAUCACCCCCGCUCCCCUGGCACACCAGGUGCAUGCAGGUGACACUGUGACCCUGCACUGCUCGGUGCAGGUGGGCUCAGCCCCUGUCACCUUCACCUGGCUGCACAACGGGCAGGAGGUGGCCCGGGGUCCCCUCCUGGAGCUUGGGGCUGUCGAUGUGGGACUGGCUGCAGGGGUUGGUGGGGCCCUUUUGUUCCUGCUCCUGCUCCUGGCUGUCAUUGCGGCCUGGCACUGGUGGCACAGUGUGGGAAGCACCAGGAAUGUGUCCCCCCGUGCCACCACACUCCAGGAUCCCCACGUCACCUACGCGGAGCUGCGGGGACCCCACAGGCGACCUCAGGAACCCGGUGACAUCUACAGGAAUGUGCUGUGA